CAAGUUGUCAGUUUGAAACAUUCAAAUAGUGUAUGAACAGUUGUUGACAGUUGACUUUGCGUAGAGUACACAUUAUAGUUUUAACAUACUACUAAUAACGUUAUAUUUUGUACAUAUAACAGUCUGCUAUUUAAUUUUUAACGAUGUAUAUUAAAUCGAUGGUACUGGAAGGAUUCAAAUCCUACGGCAAGAGAAUCGAAAUAAACGCUUUUGAUAAAGAAUUCAACGCAAUCACAGGAUUUAAUGGUACUGGAAAAUCAAAUAUUUUGGACGCAAUAUGUUUCGUUUUAGGCAUUACAAAUCUCGGUCAAGUACGUGCUACUUCUUUACAAGAUUUAGUUUAUAAAUCAGGUCAAGCUGGUGUUAAAAAAGCUAGUGUUACAAUAAUAUUUGAUAAUCGUGAUAGAGAGUCAUCUCCUAUGGGUUAUGAACAUUAUGAAGAAAUUAUAAUUACAAGACAAGUAAUAAUUGGUGGUAAAAAUAAAUACAUGAUCAAUGGCACAAAUGCACCAAAUAAACGUGUACAGGAUUUAUUUUGUUCGGUUCAGUUGAAUGUGAAUAAUCCACACUUUCUAAUAAUGCAAGGUAGAAUAACAAAAGUAUUGAAUAUGAAACCAGUAGAAAUUUUAUCUAUGCUCGAAGAAGCAGCUGGAACCAAAAUGUAUGAGACUAAGAAACAAUCUGCACUUAUUACUAUAGACAAGAAGGAUAGCAAAUUGAAAGAGAUAAAUGAUAUCUUGAAAGAAGAAAUAGGACCAAGAUUAAACAAAUUGAAGGAAGAGAGAGCACAAUAUGUAGAAUUUCAGCAGAUAGAGAGAGAACUUGAACAUAGGAAGAGAAUUUAUCUUGCAUGGAAGUAUGUUACUGCUCUAAGUAAUAGCCAGAAAACAGAAGAGAAUGUCAAGAAUGUGCAAAACCAGAUAGAUUUAAAGUUAAAGAGUAUAGCCACUGGUGAAAAAGAAAUUAAAGAGAAAGAAGAAAAAUAUAAUGAAUUAUUGAAGAAAAGAGAAUCGGACAAAAGUGGUAUGUUGGAAUCCUUAGAGCAAGAGUUACAAGAAUAUGAAAAGAAGCAAUGCAAAUUAUCAGCCGAAAUAAACAGUAAUAAAGAAAAUAUUAAAGCUACAAGGAAAACAAUGGAUCAAAUAAAGAUUAACAUAGCGGAUGAUAAAAGUGCACUUAUCUCAAAGGAAAAAGAAUUAGAGAAAGUUGGGGGACUUUUUCAGACACUAAAGGACAAGGAUCAGAAGGAUAAUGAAGCAUUGCGGAAAGCACAAGAAAAAUAUCAGAAGAUCAGUGCUGGUCUAUUGGAGAGUGAAGAUGGUGAAAGUGCAACAUUAGAGCAACAAUUAAUGAAUGCCAAACAAAACAUAACGGAAGCGCAAACUGAACUUAAAAAAUGUGAUAUGAUGCUAAAUCACAACAAGCAACAGUUAAAUAAGAAACAAAAAGAUAUGCACAGUACUGAAAAUGAAUAUAAGAAAUAUAAUUUGGAUUUGGAAAAGAAAGAAAAAGAAUUAAAAAAUUUAGAAAAUGAGUUGCAAAAAUUAAAUUAUAGGGAUGGUUAUUCGGAGGAGUUGAAAAACCAAAGGAAUACCUUGAUGGGAAAAAUAAGACAGUUGCGCGAAAGUGUGGAUCAGUUUGAAUCUCGAUUUCCUCAAACGAGAUUUGAAUAUCGAAAUCCUGAAUCUAAUUUUAAUACAAAAUCAGUAAAAGGGAUUGUGUGCAAAUUAAUUAGUGUAAAGAAUAAAAAAGCUGCAUAUGCCUUAGAAGUAGCUGCUGGGGGAAAGCUUUAUAAUGUAAUAGUUGAUACAGAAACCACAAGUAAAAAACUUCUCCAAAAUGGACAAUUACAACAACGAGUUACUAUCAUACCACUCAAUCGAGUUUCUGGUAAAUUUAUGGAUCAACAAACGGUCGCUUUGGCAGAAAGUUUGGUCGGAAAAGAAAAUGUUCAACCUGCUUUGACUCUCUUAGAUUUUCCAAACGAGAUUACACCAGCAAUAACCUGGAUUUUUGGCCAGAUAUUUGUAUGCAAAGAUAUGGAAACCGCCAAGAAAGUAGCAUUCCAUGAAAGAAUCAUGAAGAAAUGCGUUACUUUAGAAGGUGAUCUCUUCGAUCCAGCUGGUACAUUAUCCGGCGGUGCUCCAGCGAAAUCUGGAUCAAUUAUAUUAAAAUUAGAAGAAUUAAAAGAAAUUCAGAAUGAGCUCAAUAAGAACGAACAGCUCUUGAGAAAUGUAGAGACUGCUUUAUCAAAUGUUGCACAAACUGCAGAAAAACAUGCAACAUUAAAACAAAAAUAUGAUUUGUUAACUUAUGAAAUUGAUAUGAUACGACAGAGAUUGCAACAAACAAGUCACCAUAAAAUUAAGGAAGAGGUAGAGUCUUUAAAUACAACUAUUCAAGAGCUUACACAACGGAUAAUCACAGCAAAAAAUUUAGAGAAGGAUAGUACAAAACGCGCAAAUGACUUGGAAACUCAGUUAAAAGAUGCAGUAAACAUCCGUGAAAAACAAUUAAAAGAAGCUGAAAACCAAUUAAACAUUUUAAAGAAAAAGGCAGAAAAAAGUAGCAAAGAAUGGCAAAAUAGAGAGCAAGAGUCGGAAACGCUUGAAUUAGAGAUAAAAGAGUUGAAAAAGACUAUCGAAAGCGGUAAUGAACAAUUACUUCAAGCGGAAGAAAAAAGUAAUUUGUUUGAACAAAAGGGAGAAACUCUUCAGCAAGAAUUGGAAGAAACAAAGGGCAAAGUUAAAGAACUGCAAAAUAGUGUUAAAGAGCAAAAGAACAUUAUUAAUCAGCAAAACAAAGAAAUGCAAGGAUUAAUAACAAGAAAAGAAGAGAUCAUUAAGCAGAAUAAUGAAUUGGAAUUGGAUAUUAAAAAAUUAAAUCAUGAAAUUAAUGAUAUAAAGUGUGCGGCUGAUUGUAAACAUAAGGUUUUGGAACUUACAAGAAAAUAUGAAUGGAUCGAGAAAGAAAAGACUUACUUCGGAAAGGAAGGUGGAAUAUAUGAUUUUAAAGUCAAUAAACCAGAUGAAAUGGAGCAGAAAGUACAACAUUUAGAAGGAAUGCGCGAAAAGUUACGUCGUAAUAUAAAUACGCGAGCAAUUAAUCUUCUUGAUAAAGAAGAAGAAGAAUAUAACGAGACAUUAAAAAGAAAAAGAAUAGUUGAAAAUGACAAGAACAAAAUUCUUGAGACAAUCAAACAUUUAGAUGAGAAAAAAAAGCAAACCUUGAUUAAAGCUUGGGAGCAGGUGAACAAAGACUUUGGUUCAAUAUUUAGUACUUUAUUACCAGGAGCCGAAGCUAAAUUAGAACCACCGAAAAAUGAAACAAUAAUAGAUGGCUUAGAAAUAAAAGUUGGAUUUUCAGGUGUCUGGAAAGAUUCAUUAGGGGAAUUAUCUGGUGGUCAAAGAUCUUUAGUUGCUUUGUCAUUAGUCUUAGCUAUGCUUCUCUACAAACCUGCACCACUUUAUAUUUUGGAUGAAAUAGAUGCUGCCUUAGAUCUCUCACAUACAGAAAAUAUAGGCACAAUGUUAAAGAGACAUUUUAAACAUUCGCAAUUUAUCAUUGUGUCAUUGAAGCCUGGUAUGUUCAACAAUGCUAAUGUCUUAUUUACGACUAGAUUCAUUGAUGGUAUGUCUGCAAUAAGCAGGACUGAGAAAAAAUCGAAAUAAUGAUAUCGUACAUUUUUAUUUCUGAUUAAAUCAGUUUUUUUAAUUAUUUCUAUGUUAUA